AUGCCCCCGGGGGAGGAGUGAUUCACCCGCGGGCCGUUCCCCCUCCCAAAAGGGCUAUUUUCUUACCCCGGGGAGAAAAGGCCUGGACGUGCGCAUGCUCUUGGCCGCGCAGCAGGUUUGCAAGCGUGGGCCGCGCAGAAAAGAUGCCAGUGCUGCAUUGCUGAGUAACUUCGAGGUGUUCCAGUUACUUACUGAUCUGAAACAACAACGCAAAGAAAGUGGAAAAAGCAAACAGAGCUCUGGCCAGCAAAAUCUGAACACUAUCAUGUAUGAAACAUUAAAAUACAUAUCCAAAACACCAUGCAGAUACCAAAGUCCUGAAAUUGUAAGAAAUUUCCUCACGGCAAUGAAAGGUCAUAAACUAACAAAAGCAGAAAAGCUACAGUUGCUUAACCACAGGCCUGUGACUGCCGUGGAGAUCCAGCUGAUGGUGGAGGAAAGUGAAGAAAGAUUGACAGAAGAGCAGAUUGAGUCACUCAUUCAGACAGUCACAAGCAUUCUUCCAGGGGACCCAGAGGAAGAGAAGCAGACCCAGUCAGCUGUGCCAAUGGAAGAUGAUUGCCACUAAAAGGCAUCUGGACCAAAGCAUUUUCAAGCUGAACAGAAAAAAAUUAGCUAACUCUUUUUUUCGUUGCAAUGUGCAUGUCUGGGGGGUUUUUAGGUUUGGUUAUGUUUCUUUAUUCCUGGCUUGAUCUUUUGUGAUAUCACCAUACGGUAUGUUCAUGUUUUGUUAUAAAGCAACAGUUGUUUACAAAAAGCAUAAAUAAAAGAAAGACUUGUG